AUGCGCUACCCACGCAAAAUAUUUCUGAAUGAAAAAAUAUUGGGCAUCGCACAGGAUCCGGGAAGAAACUCAAACUUCAGCUUGAAAGUUAAACUUGUUUCGUCAAAAUUUUGGUUAGAGCUUGAAUUUACACAUUUUUUCUUCCGCUGUAAACCCCAAACCAUUGCCAAGAUGUCUGUUGCCAAAGCCCAGAACCCUAUGCGUGAAUUGAAGAUCGAGAAGUUGGUGUUGAACAUCUCGGUCGGUGAAUCUGGUGACAGAUUGACCAGAGCCUCCAAGGUCCUGGAACAGUUGUCUGGUCAAACCCCAGUCCACUCCAAGGCUCGUUACACCGUCAGAACCUUCGGUAUCAGAAGAAACGAAAAGAUUGCUGUCCACGUCACCGUCAGAGGUCCAAAGGCCGAGGAGAUCUUGGAAAGAGGUCUAAAGGUCAAGGAAUACCAAUUGAGAGACAGAAACUUCUCUGAAACCGGUAACUUCGGUUUCGGUAUCCAAGAACACAUUGACUUGGGUAUCAAGUACGACCCUAACAUCGGUAUCUACGGUAUGGAUUUCUACAUCGUUGUCGGCAGACCCGGUAACAGAAUCGCCAGAAGAAAGAGAUGUAAGGCUGUUGUCGGUAACAACCACAAGACCUCCAAGGAAGACACUAUCGCUUGGUUCAAGCAAAGAUACGACGCCGAGGUUGUCAACAAAUAA